UACAAGUGCAAGUAUUGUCAAAAGUGCUUUAGGCAACCAUCACAUUGCAAGCGGCAUGAACUUACCCACACAGGAGAGAAACCUUAUCAGUGUACGCACUGCAACAAAUGCUUUGGGCAGUCAUCACAUUGCAAGCGGCAUGAACUUACACAUACAGGGGUAAAACCUUAUCAGUGCAAGCAUUGUGAUAAGUGUUUUUCACUGCCAUCACAUUGCAAGCGGCAUGAACUUACUCACUCAGGGCUGAAGCUCUAUCAGUGCCAGUAUUGUGAAAAGGGCUUCAUUGAUUCAACACAUUGAAAGGAGCAUGAAUGUAUCCACACAGGAGUGAAACCUUAUCAGUGCAAGCAUUGUGAUAAGUGCUUUACAGUGUCAUUGGAUUGCAAGCAACAUGAACAUACCCACACGGGAGUAAAACCUUAUCAGUGCAAGUUUUGUGAUAAGUGCUUCAGCUGGUCAGCAAAUUGCAAGCGACAUGAACAAACCCACACAAAAGUCAAACCUUAUCAGUGCAAGUAUUGUGAAAGGUGCUUUAGCCAGUCAUCAGAUUGCAAGCGACAUGAAUUUACCCAUACGGGAGUGAAACCUUAUCAGUGCAAGUAUUGUAAUAAGUGCUUCAGCUGGCCAUCAAAUUGCAAUGAGCAUGAACGUAUACACACAGGGGUGAGACCUUUUCCGUGCAAGUAUUGUAAUAAAUGCUUAAUAUCGUCGUCUGAUUGCAAGCGACAUGAACUUACCCACACAAGAGAGAAACCUUAUCAGUGCAAGUACAUGUAUUGUGAUAAAUGCUUUUCAUCAUCAUCGGAUUGCAAUCGACACGAACUUGUCCACAGAGGAGUGAAACCCUAUCAGUGCAAGAAUUGUGAUAAGUGCUUUAGCCGGUCUUCAGAUUGCAAGCGACAUGAACUUACCCAUACAGGAGUGAAGCCCUAUCAAUGCAAGUAUUGUGAUAAGUGUUUCAGUUGGCCAUCAAAUUGCACAGAGCAUGAACGUACCCACACAGGAGAGAAACCCUAUCAGUGUAAGCACUGUGAAAAGUGCUUUAUAUCAUCAUCAGCUUGCAAGCGACAUGAACUUACACACAAGAAUGAA